AUGUCGGCAUCAGGCGGCUCGAAGGACAAGGAUGAGGAGGCUGGAAAGAAGGGCGUUCAGUUGUCGGAUGAAGAUAUUCGGGAAUUUAAGGAAAUUUUCAAUCUCGUCGAUGCCGAUGGUUCCGGAGCAAUAUCUACGGACGAGUUGGGCCAGCUUGUCGAAAGCGUGGGUACUCACUUAUUUGAACUGUUCAUAUUGUCGGGAUGAAAAGCCAAACUUGUUUUCUUUUCCAUGAUACAACUUCUAUAUAACGAAUGUUUUUGAUAUGGAGGAAGGGGUUCUUUACGACUGACUUAUCUCGACGAAUAUCUUGACGGAUACGGAUUGGAAGAUACAAGGCAGCAGUACCCUGCUUCCUCAUCGGGAAAAUCAUCCACACCAACACUUUCUCGUCAUGUUUAUGCCCAAAUCAGGUAUGAAAUUGACGCAUUCGGAGCUACAGGAGAUGAUCAAUGAACUGGACAGCGAUCAGUCAGGGGAGAUUGAAAUCGACGAGUUCAUCGCUAUCUUUUAUGGAAGAUGCAAGAUAUUCCUAUUACAUAUUCUAGUCCAUUCAUUGGGGUCCAUGAUACUCCUGUCGAUAAAGUCGUAGAAGACUAAGUACUUACACCAACCAGAAUACACUGAUAACUGAGCAACUGUUUUUGGUUUGAUGGCCUUAAGAGUCUGUUACGCCACGACCUGGUAUGGUGCAUAUCUCUAAACUUCAUGCAAAGACCUGGAGCUGGACUACACCGCAGAGGAGAUACAGAAUUCCUUCAAAAUGUUCUCACGAAAUGCACCGAACGGGUAUAUUCUUCACUUUGAAUUAUAGCAAGUGUUUCUAGAUUGCGAUUCUUGAGAUGGGUGUGGAAAUAUCGAUAGAUCCUUUCGUGUAUGCCACCGAAAGCAAAUACAUUUUUCAACCUGACCCCUAUCUUAAACAAAGUUUCAGGUUAAUCAAGAUGACAGAUUUAGAGGAGGCGCUUAAGGUAUAUCUGCGAGGGGUGAACCAAUCCGAAAUCAAUCAGCUGCUGAAACAGUUUGAGGUACUAAGGUUGGUAGACUUGGAUUUACAAACUUGAUAAUAAUCCUUUUACAUUAUGUUAGCAUUUGCGUGUGGUAUCAACAGUGGCUUGCAAACGAAAAGAAACUGCUUGCAAUCGUAAUCCUUCCGGCUCAAAUUGCGAUAAAAUGCGUCUCAACUUACCUCAGGAUUGCGUUGUUCACUUGUCCCACGUACUCGACGCAAACGGCAUGCCUGUACCUUUCUUCCGGUAUCAAGAUUACAUCAACCUGAUGAUGCGGCGGAAGUGAUCCGAGCGACUCUGUCUGUCGCGACAAAAAAGAUGCCUUCGAAUGUGGCGCACAAAGACACAUAUUACACAAUUGAUCUUAUAACAUAUGCGGUAGUUGACAUAGUUGCUCACAUAAGCUUCUCCUGACACGGAAGGGAAGAUAGGUGUUCGGUCCCGGGCGCUGCAGGCAGACACCUUGCUCUCUGUCCCCAAUAAACCCCGUCCUCAGCAUGGUGCAACGUAACACCUAGUAUCGAUCCCUGAACUGCUUGUCCUAGCGCUCUAGAUUGACGUUGGGCAAUCAUCCCCAUUCCCCCUCACUCACAUUACAUCAAAUGACGCAACAUGAUGAUUCUGAAUCCAGGUGAAACUCCUGCUCUGCAUGAGUCGCAAAGCUGUAAUAGUGACACUCAAUUCGACGUCUCAUGUCUCGAUGAAGAUGAAGAGAUGCAUCCUUUACUCUUCAUGAGUAACAUGCUUAUUGUCAACCUGGU